AUAAAACAGAACGGGUUAACCCAAAAAUUCUUUCUUGAAACCCAAAACUCUCAACGAAGUUGCACACUCAUCAAGCUCUGAAUCAACGGCAACAAUGGCGUCGGAGAUGAUUGAAAGCAACACAGUAAUAGAGGAAGAGGAGGAAUGGAGGAGAGACACAAUAUUACCGGAAGUAAUGAAGAUCGUGUGUUCCAGAUCCAUGCUUCCUCAUAAAGACCUAAUCUCUUUAUUACUUGUUUCUCCCUCACUUCGCCGUUCUCUCAACUCCUAUUCCUCUCUCUGGCCUGUAAUUGAUCUUCGCGAGUACAGUAAUGCUGGAGAUCGUCUUCUAGCUGCUCUUUCACUGGCUAGAUAUCAAAAUGUUAAUCAAAUAAGCCUUGAAUUUGCACAAGGUGUUGAAGAUAAACAUAUGGAGCUCCUUAAGAAAAAGUUCAACAGUUCUGUACAAAAUUUGGAGCAUUUGAAUUUAAAUGGCUGCCAGAAAAUCACUGAUAAGGGAGUUGAAGCAAUAACCGAUGCUUGUCCUAAAUUGAAAAGUUUCUCCAUCUAUUGGAAUGUAAGGGUCUCUGAUCUUAGUAUGACCUAUUUGGUGAAGAACUGCAAGAACAUAGUUGAUUUGAACUUGAGUGGCUGCAAGAAUAUCUCAGAUAAAAGUUUGGAGUUGAUUGCCAGCAAUUAUCAGCUUUUGGAGUCCUUAAAUCUUACUAGGUGCGUCAAGCUAACAGAUGGGGGUUUGCAACAGAUAUUAUGCAAAUGUUGUGCUCUGCGGACUCUAAAUCUUUAUGCCGAUUCAAGCUUUACAGAUGUAGCUUACAAGAAGUUCAGUCUUUUGGUUGGUCUCAGAUUCUUGGAUCUCUGUGGUGCCCAGAAUCUCUCCGAUGAAGGACUCUCUUGUGUAGCUAAAUGCAAGAAUCUAGUGUCUCUCAACUUGACAUGGUGUGUGCGUCUGACUGAUGCGGGGGUUAUUUCUGUUGCACAAGGAUGUACCUCUCUUGAAUUUCUCAGCUUGUUUGGAAUUGUUGGAGUCACUGAUAAGUGCCUGGAGGCCCUAUCAACGUCCUGCUCAAACACAAUCACGACCCUCGAUGUGAAUGGCUGUGUUGGCAUCAAGAGACGGAGCCGCGAGGAACUGCUACAAUUGUUCCCGCGUCUAAUAUGCUUCAAAGUACACAGCUAAGUUUAUGGGCAGAAGGUUGCAGAAUAUCUUGCUGAUAAUUUGACAGCAUAUUGUUGCUUCCUCAUUGAGGGAAGCCACCUUCACAGCAGCUAACUCACAAAGGAUAUACUCGAAGAAUUUUCGCGCACAAAUAUGGUCUCUUGACUCUUCCGCUCGCAGUUUGCCAUGUUUUUAUGAUGCAUACUACAGCAUCGCUGACCUAAGAGAAGUAGUGAGGGUCAAAUAUUUUAUUGGACGACUAUACUGAUUUGUUGUACACUUCUUCCAUAAUACUGGGGAUGUAUUUGUUAGACUGCUUUUUUGAUCAAGCUGAGGACCUAUGGAUUCUAACAUAGUGAUCUUUAGGCAAAAGUAUACAAAUGGCAGAAGGGUGGAAGUAAUACUGGAGUAGAAUUAUACUUUAUCUCCAAUGGAGGGUUUUGUAUGGUUGGAGAUGCUCCAACUUGAAAUCUACUGGAAAUCCAAGUACCCAAAUUUUUCCAUGA